CUGCUUUUCUAGCUAAAUAUAAGACCAUUUAAGCAAUGGAUUAACUCGACACUUCACUAAAACAACAACAACGGCAAACAGACAGAAAAACAAACAAAUGACAACGUAAAGUGAAUUAAAUCCGGUGUUUGUAACAAGUUUAUAGCAGCGAGCAGCAGCAGCCAUGAUGGCGUCUAGUUACAACGCCAAAGACGAGGACGGACACAUCACAGUGACCGGGCCUGGAGGAGGCUCUCUGCGGGGGAAGAAACCCGAAAACACGGCCUUCAAACAGCAGAGACUACCAGCAUGGCAGCCCAUCCUCACUGCGGGCACCGUGCUGCCUGCCUUCUUCAUCAUCGGCCUCAUCUUCAUCCCCAUUGGCAUCGGCCUGUUUGUCACGUCCAACAACAUCAAAGAGUUUGAGAUCGACUACACAGGAGUCGACAUGUCCAGUCCGUGCUUCAACUGCUCCCAGCACUUCAGCUGGAACAGCACCAAGCCGUGUACCUGCACCAUCCCCUUCUACCUGGACCAGCCAUAUGAGAGCAACGUCUUCAUGUAUUACGGCCUCUCCAACUUCUACCAAAACCACCGUCGCUACGUGAAGUCGAGAGACGACAGCCAGCUGAACGGAGACUUGGAGUCCCUCAAGAGACCCAGCAAGGAGUGUGAGCCAUAUGCUUUCCAUGAAAACAAGCCAAUCGCACCGUGUGGAGCCAUCGCCAACAGCAUGUUCAACGACACGUUGGAGCUGUUUUACAACGACCCGAACGGCACAAAGAUCCAGAUUCCUCUGACGACUACGGGUAUCGCCUGGUGGACGGACAAGCACGUGAAGUUCAGGAACCCAGGAAGUAACCCGAACCUCACCGCUGUUUUCCAAGGUACGACGAAGCCGGUGAACUGGCGCCGGCCUGUGUACGAGCUGAGCGGCGACGCCAACAAUACCGGCUUCAUCAACGAGGAUUUCAUCGUGUGGAUGAGAACCGCCGCUCUGCCGACCUUCAGGAAGCUUUACCGCAUCAUCAAUAAGAACAACAACAACAUGGUGCCAACGCUCGCCCGAGGAAACUACACUCUGGAAGUCGUCUACAAUUAUCCCGUCCGCAGCUUCGAGGGCAGGAAGCGGAUGAUCCUGAGCACCAUCUCCUGGAUGGGAGGCAAGAACCCGUUCCUGGGCAUCGCUUACAUCACCGUCGGCUCCGUCUGCUUCUUCCUGGGCGUCGUCCUGCUCAUCAUUCACCACAAAUACGGCAACCGCAACAACAGCGCCGACAUCUCCAACUGAGACGCCGGCUGUAGUCUAGUUUAGCUCCGUCUGCACUGCGGCCAACGCUGAUCAUGUGACACAUCGGCCUUUUUUAAAACGAUGAUGAAUUUAAAAUAAUAUCCUCUUGAACUUCCUCAGCUGUCAAAUAUUAGAUUUCAGGUUAAAAAUCCCUCGACGACGGCUGAGUGUAUUUGCCAAAGCGAAUGGAAAAGUAGACAAACAUCAGCAGCCAAUGUCAGAGUUGUAGUCCUGGCUGGAUAUCAGACUGAUGUGUCACAUGAUCAACUGCCGUAAGAGUCAGAUAUGAACUCAGAGACUUCCUCUUCAGGCCUGGAAAGAGUUGAGAAGUAAUGCAGAUUUAAUAAAAAGAACUCAUUUCA